GUUUCCAGUCGGAGAAAGUAAGCAGGGGACACCAAACCAAAGAGCAUUGAAGCUCUUACGAAAGAGGUACAGAUAUUUUUGCCCUUAGCAUUUGAUACUGGCUAUGAGAGAGGUUUUCAAGCGGAUGCACGAGACCUUUGUGAACGUCCUGCUGUUUCGUGGGAUAUUUUGGAACCCUGGGCCACGUCCGGCUGCAUCCGAGGUGUUAACGCGUCACCUGCUGCAGCGCAAACUCCCGCCAUGGACUUCCUUCUGCGUGCGUUACAGCGCCGUCUCCAAUGACCACUUCGGACUGUCAAACUUCAACUGGGAGGUGCCAGGCGCCAACUACCACAUUCUCCGAACAGGUUGUUUCCCAUUCAUUAAAUACCACUGCACCAAAGCUCCCCGGCAAGACUUGGCAUGGGAAAACUCGUUCUUCACUGCGCUAAAAGUAAUCAAUCUGGGUAUUCCUACGCUGGCCUAUGGGCUAGGUUCCUGGCUCAUGGUUGGAGCAACAGAGAUUGUGCACACCAGUGCUGGACCUGUCACUGUCUACUUCCUGUACAAAGAAAAAGAGGGGGCUCAGUAUUAAUGCAUGUUGAUGACAUGCUGAUUGUGCAUCUCAGGCUCCUGACAUGUAUUGUGAGGCAGAAUCUGCUUGCAGUCCUACAGGUUUCUCUCCAGUGCAGGCCCCCAGAGUGACACUCCCCUGAGCAACAAGUGCAGGUACUUGAGCCUUCACCCUGGUCUUCUGUCGUGUAGGCUACACAAAGCAUGCCGAGGGCACCUCGUGUACUGUAUGACUGCAUGUAAAUAUCUAUUGUAAUUUAUUUUUAAAAAGUGUGAGAGCAGAUAUUGUUGUUAGGUUGCAUUUCCUUUGUGCACCAGAAGAUGUCUCGGUGUGAAGGUUCUUGUAUAGUUGGAGCAUGUUUCAAUACAUGUACAGUAAAAGUUAGAAGUCCAAAUCUCUUAUGGGAAACUGCUGCUAUAUUCACAUUGUUCUUGUAAUUUUGACUGUGCAGCCUCCAGAAUUCAGUCAUAGUGCAGCUACAAUAAAAGUGACAGAUUGUGAAUUUUCUUCCGAAAGUCAAAAAUGAAAUCCUCUUUCUUUCA